UGGCGCAACUCCCUUGUCUCUGAUGUUACUAAAAAUCGCGAGGUAUACCGAAUGCUGUUAAUCCGAUAGGAUACAUUCAGAAGUGGCAUAAAUUGCAUGAAAUUUUGGUCUUUUUUAAAAUCACAGUAGGCAGCCAGGAUGCCGAUGAUAAAGUUGCAGAGUUUGGAAGGAGAGGUAUUCGAAAUAGAUGUGGAGAUUGCAAGACAAUCUGUAACCAUUAAAACUAUGCUGGAAGAUCUCGGUGUAGAGGAUGAUGAUGAAGAGCCCGUCCCACUUCCCAAUGUCAACGCAGCCAUCCUUAGGAAAGUGAUAGCUUGGUGUACAUACCACAAGGAUGACCCUCCCCCGCCCGAGGACGACGAAAACAAGGAGAAGAGAACAGACGAUAUCUGCUCAUGGGACGCUGAAUUCCUCAAAGUUGACCAGGGAACCCUCUUUGAAUUGAUUCUAGCUGCCAACUACUUGGACAUCAAAGGUUUGCUUGAUGUCACAUGCAAAACAGUAGCCAACAUGAUCAAAGGAAAAUCCCCAGAGGAAAUCAGGAAGACUUUUAACAUUAAGAAUGAUUUCACACCAGCAGAGGAGGAACAAGUUCGAAAAGAGAAUGAGUGGUGUGAGGAGAAAUAGACAAUUGUCAAUAGUGCGUUAAUACAAGAGAGAGACUUUCUGAGUAUCUUCAUGGGUUAUGUGAAGAACUCGUGUCCCAACAGUGGAGCCAACUUCUUGAUUGAAUCCCUCCCAUCAUGGUGAUGUGUGAUGUAAUUGCAUGGUCCAUUGUACUGGGGGGGAGUUUGAUUAUCAUGUUUUAUGAUAUUUAUUUGUGAUAAUGCUUUGUGUUGUUAGUUUUCUUUUAUCUUCACAAGUCUGGCUCUACACAGACACUCACAAAUAUUUUCCUUCCUCGAAUUUUCCCCAAGAACAAUAUGGUUCUCAUUUGAAAGUAAAAUACCGGUAGUUGAAAUAAAAAAAAAUUGUGACUUAGUAUUAAUUAGUUGUGUAUAUUUAAUAUGUAUAUUCCUUUUUAUUGUGUGAAAGCAUUAUUAAAAUGCAGAAUUCCUCACAAA